AUGAAUGGAAAUGUUUCCGAAUGGUAUAACGAAUGCGACAAUGCCAUUAGAAGGUCAGAAAUAGUUCCUGGAACUUACGAAUAUACAACUGCUGUUUCUUAUGGAAACGUAGGUGAGUUUGGAGAAGGUUCUUCAACAACAGUAGAUAUUGCUUGCGACAGGUUUCAUAUUAUUUCUAUUGACAACUCAUUCUUAUACGUGGAACAAGACAUUGAAAUAAAACCUUCUGCCAAGUUGUCUGACAAGAAAGGUUGCAAUGGAAUUUUCUAUGUCGGAUACCAAUAUGCUCCAGAAGUUUUCAUGGGAUAUAAGAUAUAUUCUAACUCUGACUUAGUUCAAACAGUAACAUGGGCAAACUAUGAAUGGUUCGCUUUGAGAAACUCAGUACAACCACAAGCUAGAGAACAAACAGACCAGUAUGCAACUAUUGAAAAAAUAAGAAGACUUGACCCUAACGUUCCAGGAGUUUAUGUUGACCUUUCUGGACAAACUGCAGCAGCAGUAACCAAAGUAA